AUGGCGUUUGACCCCGCGAUGCUGAAGAAGAUGGGCGUCAAUGUCGAUACAUUCGGCGAUAUGAAUGCCUUUGGAGACCCAUCGUGGUACCAGGCCUACAACAAUCCUGGCUACUACAACGACUCUCACAAGCAGCUUCGCGCGAAGAUUCGCGAGUUUGUGGAAGAGGAGAUCAUGAGCAACGUCCACCAAUGGGACGAGGAGGGCAGGAUCCCGCAGGAGAUCUACCAGAAGAUUGCAAAGCUUGGCAUGCUGCCAAUGUGUGUGGGGCCCCCGUGGCCCAAGGAAUACGUCGGCGAGUGCCCCCUCGGCUUCGAGCCAGAUUACUUCCACGAGCUGAUCAUGUACGACGAGCUGUCGCGCUGCGGCUCCGGCGGCUUCCUGUGGGGCCUCGCCGGGGGCCUCUGCAUCGGCUUGCCGCCUGUGCUGAAGUGGGGGACGCCGGAGAUCAAGCAGAAGGUCGUGCCGGGCGUGAUGUCUGCCGAGAAGGUGAUCUGCUUGGCGAUUACUGAGCCCACGGCUGGUUCGGAUGUCGCCAAUAUCCGGACGACAGCCGUCAAGGAGGGAGACCAUUAUCUCGUUAACGGCGAGAAGAAGUGGAUCACCAACGGCAUAUUUGCCGACUUCUUCACCGUCGCUGUGCGGACCGGGUCUCAAAAGGACGGGAUGAAAGGCAUCAGCCUGCUCCUCGUUGAGAAGACAAUGCCUGGCGUCAACACGCGCAAGAUGAAGUGCAGCGGCGUCUGGUCCAGCGGCACCACCUACGUCACUCUUGAGGACGUGAAAGUCCCAGCGCAGAACCUCAUCGGCAAGGAAGGGGGCGGCUUCAAGAUGAUCAUGGCAAACUUUAACCACGAGCGCUUUGCGAUCUGCGUGAUGACAAACAGGUUCUCCCGCGUGUGCAUGGAGGAGGCGCUAAAGUUCGCAGUGAAGCGGAAGACCUUCGGCAAAACGCUCAUACAGCACGACGUGAUCCGCUGGAAAUUGGCAGAGAUGGCCCGCAUGGUUGAGUCGACGCACGCGUGGCUCGAGGCGACCACUUUCCAGAUGCAGACCAUGCACAAGAUGGAGGCGAACCUGAAGCUGGGAGGGGUCACGGCGUUACUGAAGGCCCAGUGCACCAAGGUAUUCGAGUAUUGCGCCCGCGAGGCGGCGCAGAUCUUCGGCGGUCUUUCGUACACCCGCGGGGGCCAGGGCGAGAAAGUGGAGCGCCUGUCUCGCGAGGUUCGGGCAAUGGCUGUGCCUGGCGGCUCGGAGGAGAUUAUGCUCGACCUGGGCGUUCGGCAGACCAGGAAGCUGACCGAGAUGGCCCAGCAGAUACUGGCAGGUCAGGCCCAGACCCAGGCGAAGCUCUGA